AUGAAGCAACUCGAGCAAACGGGUGCCGAGGUGGGGGGCGCGUGGUCUUGCUGCCUGCCGUGCGCCGGCGGCGGCGGGGGUGGGGGUGGUGUUGAUGUCUCGGGGGCCACCCCUGAGACCAAGAAGAGUUCUUUGCUGAAGCAUCAGUAUCAACAACCCCACCAGCAGCAAAGAAGCCAACAACACGAGCACCAACAACAGCAGAAAGUUCUGCAACAGGAGAAGCAAUAUCUUUAUCAACCACCGAAACGCAUUUGUGUGGCUCAGUUUAAAGAACGUGCACCACUCGGUGAUCUUGAUGAAGACCUUGAUGAUCUUGACGACGAAGAGAAGGAGUGUGAGCUAAGGAUAGGCGAAGAAGAAGAUUACGGUAGGGAGGGCACUCAGCAUCGACUUAGCCCGCGUUUACACGACAUCGAGGAGGAGGAUGAUGAGGAGGGUCGUCACAUCCGAGAACGACCUUAUCAACCGAAAAAAUCGCCUACGCCGAGCGGCAGCAGAUCGGGUUGGCGUUCUCGUAGAAGCAUCACGACGGCGGGAGCCCCCGGAGGGCACCAACACCACGUGAUUGCUACUGCCGCCGCGACGGCUCAGGCUAGGAUGCAGGCCGAGCAGGGCAGCAUCGGCGAACUACGGGGGUACCACAACCUGCGAUCUCGCAGGCACACCUUGGCCAACGUUCGUGCGGAUAGAUCUCUGUGCUGUUUGAUUUCUGUUAUUUAUGAUUGA